AUGGCGGCGGGGCCGCUCGCCGGCUCCCCGCUCACCUGCAUGGGCGCGGCGGGGCGGCGGGGCCGGCGGGGCGGCGGGGCGGGCAGCAGCGGCAAGACAUGGCGGGCGGCGGCCGCGGGCGUGGCGGGGACGGAGCCGCGGGGCCCGGGCGGCGACGGCGCGAGCAGGAGGAGGAGGAGGAAGGAGGAGGAGGAGGCGGCGGCGGCCGGGGAGCGGAGGGUCGGAGAAGACGUGGGGCGGGCGCGGGGAGGCGGCGGGCGGUGCCGGGGCCGCGGCGGGGGGGACGGGCGGCUGGAGCGGGGAAGAGCAGCAGUUGCCUGGGCUUGUGCUGGACUCAAAAAACUCAAGGAUGCCUGGAGAGCGGGAAGUGCCUCUGUUGCACUGGCCCCGCAGCGCGGGUGGGUCCGCGCCGGGCUGGAGCAGCGCCUCGCUGCCCCCACCAUGGUGAGCGCCGCGACCGCCCGGCCCUUCGCGGCGGCAGCCAAACCUGCCAAAAAAGGUGCCCAGUGGACCAAGAAGGAGAAAGCCAAGGACAAGCCCUCCCGCCGGCGGCGGCCGCUGAUGACCAAGCCCGUGGACGACGUGUACCUGACGUGGCUCUACCGGCGCCCCUUCUACGACCUGGAGCAGGCCGUGGGCAUGCUGAAGAAGUUCCAGCAGCUGGACUUCACUCACCCCAAGCAGUUUGUCUAUAUCAAUGUGUUCCUGGAUAUGGCCCUGAAGAAGAAAAAGCUGGAUCCUUUCUCGGGUGCCGUCGUCCUUCCCCAUCGCUUUACGGAUGAAGUGAAUAAGGUUUUGGUUUUCACAGAGAAUGAGCAAGAAGCUGAAAUAGCUCGGGAGAGUGGAGCUGAGAUCGUGGGGGGACUUGAAUUAAUGAAAUGGAUCUUGGAGGAUGAAAUCCAAGCAGAUUUCUAUGUGGCUGUUCCUGCCAUAAUACCCAAGCUAGUACCACUGAGGAACAAACUGAAACGGAAAUUCCCGAGCACCAGAAAAAAUUCCCUGGGCAGUGAUAUUCCCAAAAUGGUGCAGCUCUUCAGGGAAUGUCACGAGUACGCCGUGCAAGACGAGAGUGUAAUCAAGACAAGGAUAGCCAGGCUGGAUAUGCCUACUGAGCACAUAAUUGCCAAUCUAAAGGCAGUUAUCCAUGAUAUCUGCACCUUCAAGCCACCACCUUAUGAUCCCAUUGUGCAGAGGUUGGUGAUCAGAUCUUCAACCAGUGAAGGUUUGCAAGUGAACCUUGAUGGAAUCUUACCUCAGGUGGAGAAAGCAGAAGAAAAGAAAGAAGAAGAAGAAGAAAGAAGCGCAGACGAUGAGGAUGAAGCAGAAAAACCUGUCCAGGAACCCGCUAGUACCUGAGGUCUUUCCUUGUAGAUCUGACGAUCACGCUUGGGAAGCAAAGGGUGUCGUUCAGAUCAUGCUCUGUGGAAACAAAAAAUAAAUGGAACUCGUGAAUUUCA